UUAUCGUGAUUCCUUCCUUCGCGGAUAAGGCCCGAUCACAGCCGUCCGUUGUGUGAAUAACCAGCGAAGAGGGAGAGGGGAGAACAGAGAGCGAGGUUGGAUCGGAGAGUCUCGAUCGAGAUGGCGCAUGCAAGGCGGCAGACGGGGACGGUGAUCUGGUUCAGCGGCGCCAAGGGCUUUGGCUUCAUCGCGCCGGACGGCGGCGGCGAGGAUCUCUUCGUCCACCAGAGCGCCAUCCGGGCCGAGGGAUUCCGGGCGUUGUCGGAGGGUGACGCCGUCGAGUUCUCCGUGGAUCAGGCCGAUGACGGCCGGAGCAAGGCCGUGGACGUCACCGGGCCCAAUGGGGCGGCCAUCUUCCUCGGCGGCGGCGGAAGGGGUGGUUCCGGCGGCAGGGGUAGGGCCGGGGGCGGCGGGUAUGGGUAUGGAGGUGGCUAUGGGGGUAGUGGGUAUGGGAGAGGGUGGAGGAGUGGUGGAAGAGGUGGAAGGAUGGGCGGUGGCGGCGGCGGCGGCGGUGGUUAUGGUGGGGCCGGUGGUGGCGGAUAUGGUGGUGGUGGUGGUGGUGGUGUUGGGCCUUGUUACAACUGCGGGAGAAAUGGGCAUCUAGCUAGGGAUUGCAGACAAGGAGGAGGAAGUGGUGGAGGAGGCGGUGGAGGGGGAGGGAAGUACGGCGGUUAUGGUGGUGGUGGUGGUGCUGCUGCUGGUGGAGGAGGAGGUGGAUGUUACAAUUGUGGAGAGCAUGGCCAUUUUGCAAGGGAUUGCCCCAACGUCAAUUGAUGGAUGGCUUCAUGCACCCACAAAAAAGGGAAAAAUAAGAAAAAGAAUGGUUCUUGUUCUCCUAAUUGAUGAGAAAGGAGGAUUAGCAGUAGAUGGUGAAGCGGUCACGCAAUGUGAAGAAAGAGAAGAAAAGUAGAGAGUAAAAGAAGAGAUGAGGAUGGAAGCAAUCAGAAGAAAGGAAAGUGUGUGACACUGAAAAUAGUUAUAACUUUAUUAAGUUCUUUUAGAUCUUUAGAUGUCAUGCCUAACAGUAUGAUUCUUAUUGCACUUCACACUCCAGAUCUGAGCCCCAGCAACAUAAAUUUGGGCUUUAUAUGUCAUAUGAAGAACUUUUGUAUCUGCAAACUGCAUACUUUUACUAUCUACUACUACUACUACAAUAAUCACUUGUUGCUAAUGUAGUAUUACUAUUCUAUUGUGCAAGAAUUCCUGCUUUUGUGUUUAACCAUGCAUUAGAGUUUCUGUCAGCCUGAGAUAUCAACUAGGCAACUUAUUUUGGAGCACUUCUUUAUCUUUUGGGCUCUACAACAGCAUUAGAUUCGCCUUUAAUUGCAUUGUCCUCUAGCAGAAAAACAUUACCAUGACUGUUGAAAACUCCAUUUCUUUUUUACAUUUUUCAUCGAAAAAAUGAGUAUCCAGAUUUUGAUAAUAGUACAGAACCAUCCAAUAUAUCAGAUAAUAGCUUUCUUCAUGUUUUGUGCUUGUUUAGAAGCAUGGUCCAUAUUGUUGUCAGAUAUCUUUUCUAUAAAUAUAACAUUUUGUUUAUAUAUGUGUUUUCUUCUUUUUCCAUCUGACCUCUCUUCUCCAGUUCCUUGCUAGAAUAUUGUUGGUCCUACAACAAAAAAUGUAAGGUUUUCAUGUUAAAUUGCAUCUUUCAGAUGCUACUUAAAUGCCAAAAUGCAUGUAGAUCACUAACCAUGCAUGCAUAUGUCAUACUCAUACCUUAGAGAAUCCAUCAAGUAAUUUUUAACUUAAUGAGAAUUUAUUGUCAUGGAAGGAAACUUUAUGCUGCAGCUUGUGAACACAGAACCAUAUUUGUUGUCCAAACUAUACGAUUUGGUGCAUCAUGGCCUCAUGGAUGCCCAGAGUAUAAAUUGCUGAAAGUACUGUUGGGCUAAAUAUUUUCUUUCCUGUGGCUUAUUUAAAGUGAUGCUCCAAUUGCAACAGGAAAUGAUGACAAGUAGCAUUAAACUAAAGCAUAAAUGUUUCCAGAAUGAACUGGCAAAUUAUUCGAUGCCGUUGCUUCUGUGAAACUUGCCCCACAAACACUGGUGAGAGAAUAUGAAGUCUGAUAGCUUAAUCAACAUAUAAGCUUCUCCUCUCUGUCUUCCCUUGGUGAUUAAAGGGGAAGCCAAGAAAUACUUACUCUGAUCCAUAUCCAGCUGAAGGGAAUAAUUUGUGUGCAGUAACUUGUGCUUAUAUAUACAGUGGAGAAACUGUGGAUUGCCCUUUCUAUGCUGUAAGGAACAUCUUCCAAGCAGAAGCUUUGGUUAAGAGAUCAUGCUGAAGAAUAUGGCCUUAACCUCAAAAGGCUACUCAAUACAUUUUUAUUCUUUAUGGAUUAUAUAAAUUUCAAGUAACUGUUCUGUUUUAUAUGUUAUUAGCUGCAAGAUUGAAGACUUCUUGUUUGGUAUUUUGGUGGUGUUGACUGCAACAUUAUUGUCUUCCUUUAUAUGAAAUGAAGACAGAAAUGGGGUAAAGACUGGAUCUUUGGUUGCCGGUUCAGCUCGAGGUAUCUCUUCUUCCUUCGGCUCGAAAUCAAACAGGAAGGGUAAAGGGAAUCAGGACAAUUGGUAGAACAGGUCAAACUCUGUGAGAGGAAAAAAGAUGGCUACACAAUACUUGAUGAGAAAUCAAGUUCUCUUGUGUUUUUUACUUUGAUAAUGCAAUAUACUUUGAUGGUUACUGAGAUGAAUUCAUCUUUUGAUUAAAGAGUUUGGAAUUUGCAACAGGGGACAAA